AGAGAGUGAAGAGGCUGCGUAUCGAUCCUGCUCUCACAGCCAUUGCAGUACAUUGGACUCCAUAGACACAGCAUUGGGUGAGUACAGCUAAACGGCGCUGUGUGACUGUCCGUGUCUAUGAGUUUACUGGGUACGUUCUGAAACUAAUUCAAGAUGGGUAAAGGUGAUCCUAAGAAGCCAAGAGGAAAAAUGUCCUCAUAUGCUUACUUUGUGCAAACAUGCAGAGAAGAGCACAAGAAAAAGCACCCUGAUGCCUCUGUAAAUUUUGCAGAGUUUUCUAAGAAAUGCUCAGAAAGGUGGAAGACUAUGUCUAAGGAAAAGACAAAGUUUGAAGAUAUGGCAAAAGCCGACAAAGUUCGCUAUGAGAGGGAAAUGAAAAGUUAUAUUCCACCCAAAGGAGAAACAAAAAAGAGGUUCAAGGACCCUAAUGCACCAAAGAGACCACCUUCAGCAUUCUUCUUGUUCUGCUCUGACUUCCGCCCAAAAAUAAAAGGGGAGCACCCAGGUUCGACUAUUGGAGAUAUAGCAAAAAAACUGGGAGAGAUGUGGAAUAACACUGCUACAGAUGACAAACUGCCCUAUGAACGAAGAGCUGCCAAGCUGAAGGAGAAAUAUGAAAAGGAUGUUGCAGCAUAUAGGGCUAAGGGAAAGCCAGAACCAGCAAAAAAAGCUCCAGCCAAGCCAGAAAAAGCCAAGAAGAAGGAGGAGGAUGAUGAGGAUGAUGAUGAGGAAGAGGAUGAUGAGGAAGAAGACGAAGAGGAGGAAGAGGAUGAUGAUGACGAAUAAGUCUUUUGGAAAAUUUUGUCUAUAAAGCAUUUAACCCCCCUGUACACAACUCACUCCUUUAAAAAGAAAAAAAAAAUAUAAUGCUGUGUAAGAUUUGAUUUUAAACUGUACAGUCUCCCUGUUUUGUUUUUUUUUUCUUGUUUUUUCCCUUUUAAUUAUUUUGUAUAGUUAACACACUACCGAAUGUGUCUAGCUAGUCCUGUCUUAUAGUGGUUUUGUUAAUUGCCACUAACCUUGCCUCUUACAGUAAAGGGGUUGUAAACUGGCAUGGGAGUAUAAGCAGGUAAAUGUUCGUGCACAGCACAAAUUAGGUUGUAUGGGGAUGUAGUUUUUGUUUUUUAUCUUCAGUUGUCUUGCAUUCAUAAUUGUUGUUCUGUUAACUGAAUACCACUCUGUAAUUGCAAAACAUUGCCGAUGUUUUGUUGACAUUCUGAUUGCUUCUAAGUAAAAUACAUUUUUUUUAA